CUUGGAAGUUGCGCUGCAUUGUAGCGUUCAGCACUCGACAUUUCCAAUAAACUCUGAUAUUAACAACCCAUUGAUCGACAUCUCGGCCCCACUCGAGCUCGAACACGAUGCUGUCGCCCAACAGCAUUCCGUCCAAGAGGACCGGUCGAGCUUCGAGCACCUGGUCCAUCGACUCCGGGUAUGGCUCCGGCAUCCACGAGGACGUAAAGCUUGGCUUCAUUGUGAGUGCGGUUCAUCAAAGACUAUUGUCCGUUACAUCAACUGAACGCUGUCAGCUCGACACACGUGACAUCACAUCCGGCAGCGUGAUACAACAUCCACAUCAGCAACCCAUCGGUCUUGGAAUCGACGAACUGACAGAGCUACAACUCAGAGAUGACAUCGUGAUCAAAAAUGAGGACCACAGUUUCGAGCCCAGCACGCCACGACUGAGAGUGUGCACCGCGAUCUCGAACCCUUCCACGCCAGACCCCAUUUCGCCCGCCUCGCCUUCCGAAGUCAGACGUUCGCAUGCAAGAAAAUCCACCAGCAAGCUUCCUUCGCAGGCUGUAGGUCGUCUUAACGCUUGGCUCGAUGCAAACCGACAUCACCCAUACCCAAACGCCAACACGAAGCAAGCACUAGCGGAAGCAUGUAGUAUCACUAUCAAGCAAGUCACCACAUGGUUCACCAAUACCCGACAAAGGCAGCUCAAGUCACAAGAGAAUGGCACGGGAGGAGUCGGUAGUGAACAUAGUCACACCCCAACUCAAGCUUCGAGGAAGGGGAAGAAGAAGGAUUACGGUCGCAGCAACGGCGCAUCGCCAAUCGAAGGGUUUCUGUCUCCACCACGACUCUCACCUUGCGCCUCGAUGUCAGAGAACUCGUCUGGUGAAGGGGACAAUUGGCAGUGUACAUUCUGCAGGGUCCCUCUCACAGCGAAGUCCUGGCGUCGCCAUGAGGAGACACAACACCAUCCCAAGCACCAAUGGACAUGCCUCGCUACCGGGCCAAGCAUCCAGCUCCCAUCUUGUUCCUCGUCAAUCUGCGCCUUCUGUGAGCUCCAAAACCCCGAUGAGGACCAUUUCCGAUUCUUCCAUCGUAUCGGAGACUGCUUAUGUAAAGAUGCCAACGAACGAACUUUUGGUCGACCGGAUCACCUACAGCAACACGCAAGGAACUUCCACAAAUGUACACACUCACUAACUGAGCUGGUUCGAGACACAUGGCGUAGAGACGGACCCGGCAUGCUUGACAACAAGAGUUGGACCUGUGGAUUCUGUCAUGAAAUUCUGCAUACUUGGGAUGCAAGAGCGACGCACAUUUCCGGACACUUCAAAGCUGGCCUGACAAUGGCACAGUGGCGCGAGAGUCGUGUGUCCCAGUCGACGCUGCCACGAGAACCUAUCAACUCUGAAGAACCAGCAGCUCUGGACGCUCUUGCCAGUAUGGGUACGACGAUUCCAGGACCCUCGACGUACCAACAACCUCCGACCAACUAUGGUCACAAUGGACCUGCGCACGCCCUGGCACCGUUCGCACCGGUCACCACCGGUCCUUCAGAUCUCAACUUCGACCCCUUUGUUAUGUACGGCAACGAGAUUGAUACGUUCACUCCUCCGACCACCGGUCCAUUGACAUCCUUUUCCUUAUCCACCACGAUGCCCACCAUAGCUCACAGCAAUGAAACUCCCUUCAUGGACCUCAGUUGCAUGGAGUUUGACGAGUAUGGCAAUCCUGUAUGGGAUCACGGUGUUUUGAACUCCUGGUAGGAAAUGCAAGUUACUUUUUGGCGUUCGAUAUACCCUGGGCAUAGACGUUUGUAGAUGGGCAUGGCUGGCAUAGAACGGAUAGAUUAGCGUUCAUUUACAUG